AUGGCCCUAAAUAAAUUUGGCAGCUUUCACGAUUUCUGCCGCGACUCGACAUUACCAGUUUGCAACCUCUUUCCUGGAUUUAAUUACGCUGAUCCAAGUGGCUUUGAAGAUGGAUGUUAUCUAACAGGUAUUUCUCUGACUAAUGGUCAAUAUUUGGGGAAUCUAGGCUCCAUUAUAAUAGCAUCUAUCGCAAUUGUUAUCGCAACACUUUUAAUCCUCUUGUCGGAACGAAAACAGGCUGCAGUCGGACGGAGGGAGGUACAAAUUUUUCUCUUCAUCUAUGCCUUAAUAGAGAUAUGCGAGAUAUUCACUGUGGGACUAUUUCCACUUGAUAACAACGUGCUAAUUGCCUUCACUAGCGCACAUCUGGGCUUAAUUGUCGCCAGUCUCUGGACUCUCAUGCUCAAUGCCGUCGUUGGUUACCAAUUAUUAGAUGAUGGAACACCAUUAUCAGUCGGCCUCAUUGCAACCUCUGCUCUAUUAUUCUUUCUUGGCACAGGCUACAUUGCCCUUGAUACUGCUUUUAGUUGGACAGGUCGCUUCGAAUCCAGUUUAUCUGGUGAAAAUUCAAAUAUGGGCCUCUACGUGCUCUAUCAACUCGCACCGAUUAUAUUUUUGACUAUGUUUUUCAUACUUGAAAGUUACCUAGUACUCCGUGUACUCGGGGAAUGGAAACCAAUGAUAUACCUAGUUUCCGCUUCAUUACUUUUUAUUAUUGGGCAAGUGUUUAACUACGUUGCUAGUAUUCAUAUCUGUAAUGCUACAUCAGGAAAAAUCAACGGAGCCUUGUUCGAAACCUUCUUCACCUUGCUCUCAGUCAUCGCCGUAUGGAUAUUCUGGUCCAGUAUAACUGAAGACGAUUGGCCCACUACUCCAAAUAAUCCAUAUCCAUGA